UGAAAGGAGUCAUUGCUCCUAUGGAACUUCACGUCCAAGCAUUCUCGACUGUCAAGAUUUUGGGCCACUUCGAUAUCGCUACCGCGAGUCCAGGACAGCAGCUUACUUGGGAACCAGUCUCGAUAGCUGAUUGUUUGUCAUUCAAAGACAAACCAAUUACUGUGUCAGGUUACUUGAAAACUGAGUUUAUUGUAUUCAAAACGACCUCUGGCAUUCCACUUGCACACGGUAAUCUCGCUGAUGGAUCGUAUCCUCUGUGUAUUCAAAUUGAUGGUUACAAACCUGUUACUCCAUUGGAGAAGGGCUCCUUUGUCAUAUUUAAUGGCAAAAUUGAGAAGUCGAAACCAGGAUCUUUUUUUCUGAGAGUUGAUGGGAUGAAAAAUGUCGUUGUGGACAAUUACCGUCCAAAAUUGUCUCUGAAACAAUUAAAAUCGGCAAUCUAUCCACCAAGAAAGCUCGGACCAGAGGUGGAAGAAGUGUCCAGUCAGAAGAGAUACCAAGAGGAUGAAGAGAAGGAGAAUUCUCAUGACAACGAGGGUGGGAAGAAGAUGAAAACAGACUGAGCUUCAUUCAGAAGCUUUCCGAUUGAUGAUCGAUGGCGCUGAUUUCUCCAUUCUUUUUGUUAAUUUUUCGUA